UUGCGACGUAAUUGUCUUAUAAAUAAAAUGUCGAACGAUCUCCUCUACUAAAUGUUAGACGUUGAUAUGGAUAAUUGUGUAAAUGUGAUCUUAGUUUUAAUUAGUUGGUUGUUCAGAAAGCCAGAGAACGAGAAGGAAAUUAUAUCUAAAAUACAGAAACACCGAGAUGAUUUCGUACGAUUUGUGACACGUCGACAAAAGACCAUUUUUUUUCUCUCCAUAUUAGCAGAUGAACUUGACACAGACAAGAAAAAAAUCCGAGCGAGUAAAAUAGCGUCAUCUGUCGGUGGAUUGUUUUCAGCUGGAUUAACUGUGGCUGGUGCACUCACGUUACCAACUGGCUUUGGUGCUCCAUUAAUAGCCGUCGGUGGUGUAGUGGGUGCUCUUUCCAGUGCGACAAGCGUUGGUGGUUCUAUAGCUGACAAAGUCCUUAGCAAGAAUACGAAACAGAGAUGCAACAAAGCGCUUGCAGAUGAUGAUGCAGCUGUAAAAGAAUAUCAAAAAUCGUCCCAAGUUUUCAGAAAUUUCAUAGUUUUAUCGGCUAAGUCUGUGUCUCCAGUUGGAUCCAUAGCAGCAACAGUAAUAGAGAUAUCUAAAUUCACAGAUUUCACAAUUGAUGCAACUGGAGCAGCAGCAAAAAACGUUCCUAUAAUCGGUGCUGUACUCAGCGUGAUCACCCUUCCCAUUGACAUUGCUACUUUAAUAUCCAACGCAGCAGACAUCCAUAAAUGCAACCCACACCAGAUAUCAAUUGGUAUACGAAAGCAGAUUGAGGAACUCCAAGAUGAACUGGAAGAGUUACAAACCAAACAUGAUAAAGAACAGGACGAGUUGGAUAAUAUCUUGUAUAACAUACAGCAUCCGCCGAUGACGGCUACUGAAGCGAUCAUUUAUAUUAGUUUAAUAGCCAUGCUGAUUGUCAUGAACGUGUCCACGGUUGUUUUGUUUUUUGGCCUGGACAGUCUUGGAUAUUAUCGGGGUUGAUAUUUAUUCCAAUUACUGAUAAUUAUGCGAUAUGCGACCCUACAUGGAUAAGUCAAUUCCUAAGGCUCAGUUUCAUUAAAUCUGUCCAAUAGAUUUGUAUUUUGUCUUUCACGGCAGCCACCCUACAUCGUUUACAGGGUGGUUUUAGAAAGGACUGUAAAUUAAAACUAUGACCAAGGAAACUAUUGUAGUAUCAUUUUAUUCUUUGGGGUAUAGCCUAAAGGGCAAUGAGCAAAGCCAAGUUGAAGAUAUGACAAGCAAUUAUCAAAUUUGGCACCCCUUGGAAAGCGUUAAACUAAUUUCAUUUUUAAAAACAAAACGAAAGUGAUGCUUAAUUACAAAAACAGGACUAAUGUUCGACGAAUAUUCAUUAAAGGGAGACAAUGAUUACAUCGCUGGAGAGGACACAUCAAAUAUGCACUGACUUUAAUGUUAAUUCGUUGUUCGGCUUUAACUUUCCAAAUUUGCGUUGGCUCCUAACCACAGACGAAACAACAUCUAGAAAAGUCUUGCACCAAAGAUUGCAUGGACAUUUUGAGAUACACAUUAUAGGAUAAAUGGUGGUCCAACUCAUAAACCGUGUAACAUUUAGCUGCUGUAAACUGGUAGCUUGAUAUUUUAUUUGCUUAGUUUCGCUAAGGCAAUCUGUAAAAUAAAAAUGGCAAUCAUACUAGGAACCAGAAACGUAAAUAUAAUACAGAAUUUGCAUCUUAUCACUGCAAAAUACAGGAUUCAUUGAGAGUACAACAUCGUGCGUAACACACGGCGUUCUUCAGGGGGCAAUCACCUUUUUAGGGCAGACCAUAUUUCAGUGCCAUUCCCAUGCCCCGGCAACGGACCUGAAGUAAGGCCAACCUAUUCAACAUAAUGUAACACAAAACUGUUAGUAUUGGUGGUGUUAUUGUCGACUUAUCAACUUCAGAAAUACAAUCCCAGAAUAUCAUUUUCCCUUUCAGAUUAAUUGCCCAUCGGUGUUAUUUGAGAACACUUUAUUUCAGAAAUACAAGAAUCUGAAUAUUAUCACGUUAAAUCUUGUAAUCGUGUUAAUAUAGAUAAAGUGGUAUCUAGUAAGGGCGCUAAGGCAAAAAAAAAGUUCAAUUUUUGACAAGAGUAUGAAAAUUAGCAUACCUGUAGUUGUUGAUAUCCUCUUUCGAAUAAGACCUGGACAAACGCGAUCUAACCUCGUUUUCGGUCGGCAUUUUGGAUUCAAAACGGCCGCCUCUGAAAUAUGUGUUUUUGGCUGUUUCAGUUUUACGAUAAGUAUGGAAUCUGAGUUUUAGUGCCCCCCUUAAACGUACAAAUGAAACAGCACGGGUCUUUUGCCACCACCAAUGAAUCAGUCAUAGUGGAACACAUCACCAACCACAUUUAAUUUUUGAACUCUUGCAAUAUAAAAGCACCUCUAGAGCAAAACCGAUAAAGCUGAUCGACCCCUAGUUAAACCGAGAUGUGGGACCUAGGGCUAAUGAUCAACUUAUACAUUGCCUUUUUAAAAAUAUGUUUCCGUGUUUUCCUCAAUUCCGGUCCACCACCAUCCCAUCUAUAUUUAAAGCAGAUUGUCGUCAUUAAAAAGGCAUUAUGCAACAUUUAGAUAAACACAUGUCCGUACUAUAAAAGAUCAAAAAUAGAAAAUGAAAAAUAAAAAUAGCCUAUUGAAAAUGUCUUUUGAAUCGCUCUUUUACUGGCCUUUUGUAUGGUUAUUUACAGAUCAAAAGACCGCGCAGUCAGAAAGAUAAGUCACGUUUUGUUUUUGUCAGUUUUCGAUCCUUAAAAGGUUUCCACAAACACACUGAUUGAAAAUAAAAUAUAAUAAAGUGGCAUGCGCCGAAUAUUUGUAAAUUUUUAAUUGUAUGAAAUUAUUAUUGUUGUUGAAUAUUUUGUAUAUAUUUGUCUACCAUCCACAUAUUUGUAUCACUUGCUUGAUAAAGACGAGUGUAUUUUCGUCGAAAUGUUGCAUAGGCCUAGGAUAUAUCUUUAGAGUAACUGUGGGUCCAUGAAAUUGUACCUCGUGUUAUCAUAAAACAAGCGGCCACAAAACUGACGCAAAAGUGUAAAAGGGAUUUUACUCCGGUGUUGAAAAGUAGAUGAACUUAAUAUGUUGCGUGUAAUUUAGUCCAAAUAUCUCACUCUUUCAUUGGCCUUUUGUACCGUUAUUUACAGAUCAGAACACCAUGCAGUCAGAAGGAUAAGCCACGUUUUGUUUUUGUCAGUUUUCGAUCCUUAAAAGGUUUCCACAAACACACUGAUCGGAAAUUUGAUUGUUUACCUUUCAAAUAUAUAUCCCAUACUUUUGUACAACUCGUAUGCUGUAAGUUGUGUCAAAUGCCAACCUGAUUAAAACACAGAUCUAUAUUUCGUUUCGUUUUGUUUUUUUAUCCUUUCGAUCGCCUUCACUAUAUAUGAAGAUCUGACCGGUUGUAGUGAUAGGGCGCUCUGACCGGUUGUAGUGAUAGGUCGCGUCAGAGGUCAUAUGAGUGGCUUUUGACCCUAUGACAUCAGACAUUUUAUUAGCCAAUCAGCAUUGGUGUUUCUAGUGGAUUACCCACAGUUCCGUGCACCACACACCAAAAGGUCGCUGUAACAGACCGUUUCAUUGCCUAAACCCUCACAUCAUCCAGAACACGACAAUGAUAACCGCUCUUCCAGAUCCUGGUGUAGUAAAGACAAGUAAAACGAAAUUUUGAACUAUAAAAAACGAAACGAAAUAGGAUCUGUGUUUUAAUCAGAUUGGUCCAAUACCACCUAUCACUGUUUGUGCGAAAGUUUAAAUAAAGGUUGUAAUUUGGUAAAUAAUUCGGUAUUCAGGUAAAGC